AUGAGAUUGGAUAACAUAGCGGAUACUUCAGCUGUAUCAGCACAUGAAUACACCCAAGGCCUGGUAUUCCAGAGAUCUGGAGACCAAUCCAAUUAUGUUACUCAAUAUUUUCUGGUAGCUAAACUAGAUGCUCAAUUGACCUCUAUUAAUAAGCAGAUAACGAAUAGCUUUAUUGCAAUCAAAACCGAGCUGGCAGAUCUAAGUAUGAAAGUAACCUGUGUUGAAGAGAAAAUUACCAAGAUGGAUGAACAACUUACCACACUGCAAGGAGCAGAUAACAACAUAGACAACAAAGUCUAUCAAAUAAACCUGAAGCUUAGGGACCUGGAAGAUCAUGCAAAACGCUGCAAUUUGAGGUUUAGGAAUGUUCCAGAAGACAUCACUCAGGAUCAACGAAAAGAUUUCUUACUUUCCUAUUUUCAAGAACUAAGCGUAUCUAUAGAAGAUCAGCAUCCUAUAUUAGAAAGAACACACCGACUGAUGAAACCGAAGGGUGUCCCAUCUCCACAACCAAGAGAUGUUAUAGCAUGA